AUGCAAGAUAAAUUGCAUGAAUCUCUCAAAUAUUUUCAAUUUGUACAAGAUUGUGAUGAUCUUAAAGAAUGGCUUGAUAUGAAAUCGUUACAAGCUCAAGAUGAUACAUAUCGCGAUACAGCAAAUAUUCAUACAAAAUACCUUCGUCAUCAAGCAUUUCAAGCUGAAAUAACAUCAAAUAAAGAACGUUUAUUAGCAUUAAAACGUCAUGCUGAACAAUUACAAGAAGAACAUCCACAACAAAUUGAUUUCAAUAUAAUUGAUCAACGUAUUAAUGAAUUAGAUGAUAUAUGGUCAAAAUUAGAAGAAAUAACACGUGAUAAAGGUGAACGUUUAUUUGAUGCUAAUCGUUCAAAAUUAUUUCAACAAUCUAUAACAAAUCUUGAUGAAUUUAUGUUUAAUAUUGAAAAACAUUUAUAUGCUGGUGAACCAACACCAACUGAUUUAACUGAUGGACAAGUAUUAUCAACAACAACAAUUGAACCAUUAGAAAAUAAUUUAACAGCAACAAAUCUUUUAUUACUUAAACAAACAACCAUUGAAGAAGAAUUAUUAAAACGUCAACAACAAGUUGAUGAAUUACGUAUACAAGCUGAAAAAUUAAAACAAUUAGAACCUGAAAAAUCCGAAGAAAUUGAUACUAAACGUUUACAAGUUGAAGAAAAAUUUUCAAAAUUAUUAUUACCAUUAGAACAAAAAAAAUUACGUUUAGAACAACAAAAACGUUUACAUCAAUUUAUACGUGAUAUUGAAGAUGAACAAAUAUGGUUAAGUGAAAAACGUCAUUUAUUACAAACAUAUUCUGAAUUAAUAUUUAAUAAUAAACAACAAACAUUAAUGAAUAUACAAUUAUUAAAACGAAAAAAUGAAUCAUUAUUAAAAGAAAUUGAAAAUCAUGAACAACGUUUAUUAGAACAUUUACAUAAAGAAUGUCAACGUAUAAGUCAAGAUUAUCCAACACGUGAAGAAGAAUUUCAUGAACGUUUACAACAAUUAUCAGAUAAUUAUAUACAAUUAAAAGAAACAAUUAAACAACGUCGUAUAAAUAUUGAAUUAUUAGAAAAUAUUUAUCAAUAUUAUUAUGAUUUAAGUGAAGCUGAAGCAUGGUUAGGUGAACAAGAAUUAUAUAUGAUGAGUGAAGAACGUGGUAAAGAUGAAUUAUCAACACAAACAUUUAUACGUAAACAACAAACAAUGGAACAAACAAUUGAAAAUUAUAGUGAUAUUUUACGUGAAUUAGGUGAUAAAGCUAAAAAUUUAAUACAAGAUUUAGAACAAUCAAAUUUAUCACGUGAUUUAAUAAAUGAACAUCAUGAUUUAAUUAAUAAACGACAAACACAAUUAGAUAAAUUAUAUGCUAGUUUGAAAGAUUUAUCUGUUGAAAGACGACAACGUUUAGAAGAAACAUUAAAACUUUAUCGUUUACAUAGAGAAAUUGAUGAUCUUGAACAAUGGAUAUCAGAUAGAGAAUUAAUUGCUGGUUCACAUGAACUUGGACAAGAUUUUGAACAUGUAUCAAUGUUACUUGAUCGUUUUGCUGCAUUUGCACAAGAAACAGAACAAAUUGGUAAUGAACGUUUACAACAUGCUAAUGAAAUGAUUGAUCUUUUAAUUGUUAAUGGACAUGUUGAUUCAGCACAAAUAGCUGAAUUAAAAGAUACAUUAAAUGAAUCAUAUCAAGAUUUAUUAGAAAUGAUUGAAACACGUUUACAAUCAUUAAAAGCAUCAUGGGAAUUACAUAAAUUUUUACAUGAUUGUAAAGAAAUUUUAUUAGCUAUGCAAGAACGUAAAAAUGCUAUACCUGAUGAAAUUGGUCGAGAUCAACAAAGUGUACAACAAUUAUUACGUAAACAUCAACAAUUUGAAACUGAAUUAGUUUUAUUAGCACAAGAUAUACAACGUAUACAACAAGAAUCUAAACGUUUAAAUGGACGUUAUGCUGGUGAAAAAGAAACAGAAAUAAAACAAAAAGAAAUUGAUGUUUUAACACAAUGGAAAUUAUUACAACAAUUUGUUGAUCAACGAAAACGUUUAUUAAAUGAUUAUGAAGAUUUACAUAGAUUUUUUAAUUUAACUAGAGAUUUACAUAUGUGGAUGGAUGGAAUGAUUAGACAAAUGAAUAAUAGUUUAAAACCACGAGAUGUUAGUGGUGUGGAUUUAUUAAUGAAUAAUCAUCAAAGUUUAAAAGCUGAAAUCGAUGCUCGACAAGAAAAUUUUACUAUGUGUAUUAAUUUAGGCAAAGAUUUAAUUAAUCGUCGCCAUGCACGUUCAUCUGAAGUAAAAGAAAAAUGUGUACAAUUAUCAAUGUUACGUGAUCGUCUUGAAGAUACAUGGCAUGAACGUUGGGAAUAUUUACAAGUUAUUUUAGAAGUUUAUCAAUUUGCUCGUGAUGCAUCUAUAGCUGAAACAUGGUUGAUUGCUCAAGAAUCAUAUUUAACUAAUGAAGAACUUGGUGAAACAUUAGAUCAAGUUGAAAAUUUAAUAAAACGUCAUGAACAAUUUGAAAAAUCUCUCAUGGCACAAGAAGAUCGUUUUAAUGCCUUACGUAAUUUAACAACAUUAGAAAAAAAACGACAAAUGCCACCAAUUGAACCACGUCAAAGUCGUUUACCAAUUUAUUUAGAAGAAUUUAAAACAUGGGAAGAACGUGAUGCAGAACGACCAUCCGCAUCACCAGAUAAAUCAACAAAAAUUAAAUCAACAAUAAUUGAAGAAAAAACAAUAACAGAUAGUAGUGGUCGUCCAACAACGUUACCAGGUAAACAACGUUCUAGUCAAGAAUAUGAAUCGUUAAGUGGUAAACAACGACGUUCGGAAUCAUCAACACGUUUACCAACAAUAAAAGAAGGUUUCUUAUCACGUAAACAUGAAUGGGAAGGACAUGAACGUAAAGCAACACAUCGUGCAUGGGAAAAAUUUUAUUGUGCAUUAACAAGUAAUCGUUUAUCAUUUUAUAAAGAUCCCAAACAUUUAAAAACAGGUCGAACAGUUAGUGAUGAUCUUAUUUUUGAUUUAUCAACAAAUGUAUCACAAGCUACUGAUUAUCUUAAAAAACCAAAUGUAUUUCGUUUAAAACUUAAUGGUGGUAAUGAAUAUUUAUUUCAUGCAAAAGACGCUGUUGAAAUGAAUGAAUGGAUAACAUCAAUUAAUAAUUGUAUAGCUUCUAUAACAACAAUACCUAGCACAACAGCCACAACAACAACACAAAUGCCAUCAAUUGCAUUAACAUCACCGCCACCAGCUAUUACUUCAUCAUCAUCAUCAUCAAGUUCUCCUAAACAUCAACAACAACAACAACAACAACCAGUUAUGACAACAAGUUCAUCAGGUGUAGAAAUAAUUCAAGCACCAACAAGUACAGAACAAAAAUCUCGAACAUUACCAUUACAAACUAGUACAUCAGUUGAAUCAACUUCAACUCAACAAGCAACAAGUGGAAAGAAAAAAUCAGGUGGAUUCUUUUCAAUGAAAAGAAAAUAA